AUGUAUAUGUCAACUAUUCUCCUCUCGCUCAUCAGCGUCUCAGCCUUGGCCUCCGCCGCAAACACCAGAUGCGCCAAUGGUGAGAUUGCUAUUGGAACCCGAACCAACUGCAUCAUUGUCGGUCAGGGUUGGGAGUGCUCUGCAUCGACAGGAGUCAUCCUCUCAAAUAACUGCGGUACAAUUGACGCAUCGGAAAACUCAGACUACUGCAAUGGCGGCUGGCAUGGAUGGACUGUCUCUUGUUCAAGCGACGGCCAUACUCCUUCACUACAGCUUGGGCCUGGCGGGCAGCUCUGGGGAGACUGUUACCAACAGGUCUCCACCUGCAGUGCUGGGCCUACUCAGACAACCUCGGCCGGUUAUUGCUGCAAGUUCAUCGGAACCGUUCCCUCCAAGUAG